AGCAGCUCCUGCAGCAGCAAAGCACAGCACCUCGUCUCCUAUCGCUGGAUCCCGACAGUUCCUCCCCCACCAACAUGCAUCAGCCUCCGUACAAGCACAUUUCCAAAAAGAAAAAGGUCCCCGGCUGCUUUUACCCAAACACUUUUCGAAUAUUCAGCGAUGACGUUCAAGAUGUUAGCAUGGGCUUGGAGAGGAUCAACCACGAAUACACAAUUGAAUCAUAUGAACCCCACCCCCCACGUCCAAAAUCACCAAAUCGCCAUAAGCCUCAUCCAUAUUAUGCAAAAUUUAUCAGAACAAAUCCAAGGUUCAUAAAUGAGCCAAUAUCACACAUGGAAACUGAGGCUGCAUUGUUGAAGCAGUUUCCCUGUAUGCCAAGUGAACCAAUAUCUCUAAAGUGGUACCUACCAACCUAUAGUAAGGACACCACCCAAAGACAUGAUUUCCAGAGCUCUACUUGCAAGCCUAACCCACAAACAAGGCAUGGUUGUAAUCCACACAGAUUUCCUACCUUUGGUAUUGUUCCACAGGUAAAUCCUGAAGAGCCACAGUCUAUGCCAAAUAUUUUUCGGGAACGUAUAUCUUUCAUUCACCAGUAUGAUGCAAGGACGUGGCCCAAUGAACCCAUCAGAGGAAGGCGUCAUGGAGCCUUUGUGCAGACAGAGAUAAACCCGCGGCAUGGAAAGAUAGCUCCCAGAGGAGAAACGGCAUUCCUGAUCACUGGUGGGUCACAUACACUGAAGCAGCUAAAAGCAGAGAGAGGAAAUUUGGGGGAAAGUAAACUGGCCUCGCCCAAGCCGAGCUCACUGAAUUCUCAACAGAUGUUGAGUCCUGGAAUUUGCUUAUCAAAACCAGACCUGGAGGAAGUAGCCAAGGCCUAUCGCAGCAAUCCUACUGAAGGACAAAACUGUUUGGGCUCACAGGCAGGCAAAAUUCCUGUUGACUUCACUAAAGGGCAGGAAGUUUCACUGGAUCCUACAUCAACCACUAUCACAAAGACUCGUGGGGCAAGUGUCACUAUUUACACACCAUUACUUCCACCAGCUACAGCGAUAAGUUUGCCGUCUCAAACUACUUGGCCACUUAUCCCUGACAUCAGCAAUGGAGUCAAACCUGAUCUGACGCCAGUGUCCACUUAA